AUGCCAGCCAACUGCAUCUCCCGUUUGCUCCUCUUCGUGUCGGUGUGCGCGGUCUGGGAGGCGCUGGCCAAAUCUCUUCCAGAUCAGGGAGCACUGGUGUAUGCAGCAGUCAGCCUGUACCUGCUCGUUCAGAGGCCGGGAACUCUUAUUCUGUACGAUGACGUCCUGCAGGUGCUCUCUGGGUCUCCAGGGGCUCGUAACCAGCCGCUGGUGCAGCUCCAGAGGAAGUCCAUUCAGCUGCCGUCCAGCUCCAACUACACAGCACUCACUGCUGUGCUGACCACAGCCAGGAGCCAGUAUGAAAUCGGGGGAUUCCCCUUCCUGCUGGGCCAAGAGACCAACAGCUCAGGUGCAGAAACUGGGUGGAUGGACUUGACGGCGCUGGCAGUGGUCAGCAUUCAGCUUUUUGAUAAAGAUGGCGGCGUGAUCCGCGUUUCAGAUCCGAUCCACAUCUCUGUGCCGCUGCCAUCAGACACCCGAAACAGGAUGGCCACGAGUGUGCCCGCUUGGCUGUAUCAGCCAAAGACGGGGCUGUGGGUUCGGAACGGGACGGGCUACAUCAAAAAGGACGGGACGCAGUUUGUCUGGAACGUCGUGGUUCCUCAGAUGGGAUACUGGUUGGCUGCCUUUCCGACGUCUUCAGGUUUAGGUUUGUCUCAUCCAGGCUUGAGGGAUAUCACCACCUACCACACUCUGUUCCUGCUCUCCAUCCUGGGAUCGUUGGCCCUGCUGGUGCUCAUCCUGCUCUGUGUGCUGCUCUACUACUGCAGACGGAAGUGUCUGAAACCACGUCGACAGCAAGGCAAACCUCACACGUCCAAUCUAAACGGUGCUAAGAGAGACCAGGGCACAUCCACGUCACGGCUAAAUCUGAUCUGUGGAGGCCAUGUCGAAUCAGGCCCCUCCAAUGACAAAUCUGACUUGUCGCCAUCGCGAGACUACCAGAGUUCAAGGGAAGAUUUAACUAAGCAUGUUCCAGCCCACAUGCUGCGACACGCAAAGGGUAAAAAUGCGUCAGGUUCCCAACGGGGUGAAAGCUUCCCCAUGAAGGUUACACGUGCCACAGAGACCAACAACUUGGACAGCCCUUUGCUGCAUGACGACUACAACCGGAACUACAGCCCAAAAGACAACAAGGAGUCCGACUAUCACAGACACCACAACGCCAACGACAAUCGAGGGUACUCCUCCGAUCCCCCGUCCCCACCUCGCUUCCAAGGCUACGUCCCAAGCCAGUCCGACAAGCCUCCGGAUUAUUCCGCAGCAGCAGCAGACAGCCUUGCCCGACCUACUUCCCUCAACACCCAACCAGGUCAGAUCAUCUUUUGCAGCUCCAUUGACCAGAUGAAGGAGAACAUGUACCGCAGCAUGGUGCCAACCCUGGUUAUCCCCGCCCACUACAUGCGCCUGCCAUCUGAGUUUUCUGGCAAAGAUGGCAAGGACCAGAAGGAUCAAGACAAAGAUGGCACACAGAUGGGAGGAGGCCAGCAGCACCAUCACCACCACUCCCAGAAACAAGGCCAGCAGCAGCAACAGCAAGGAGGAUCUCAAGGCGACGACUCUGAGGAACCGAGCUGGGCAUCUGACUCGUCCGGGGGACCUGUGACCAUCCCAGUGCUAUUCAACGAUUCCACCAUGGCUCAAAUGAACGGGGAACUGCAAGCUCUGACAGAGAAGAAGCUCCUGGAACUUGGAGUUAAACAACACCCGAGGGCGUGGUUCAUCUCUCUUGAUGGUCGAGCUAACGCUCACGUGCGCCACUCCUACAUAGAUGUUGGGAAUGACCUCAGUGGCGGUGGUGGAUUCGGAGGUGGCUCCAGCAGCACUCCCCGGGAUGUCAACCUGGAACCGCCUCUUGAGGCCCAAGAGCGAAAAUCAGCUGGAAUUAGAAAGGGAAAAGAUGAGCGCUGGGGAACGGGAGGACGGAAAGGCCACGGUGUUAGCAGCAGCGGCGGGAAGAGUUACUCCAAGCUGGCCUACCCGGACCACAGCGAGCCCAGCAGCAGUGAGGGACGUCCCGUCUCUCCCGAGGAGAACUCCCUAACCCCUCUUCUGGACGAAGGCCCAUCCUCCCGAGGAUCCACCAUCCCUAGAAGAGGACGCAGCCGCGUGAACAGCAGCCGCAGCAGCAACAGCGAGAACCGCCGCGACUCCAUGACCAGCCCAGAGGAUGAUUCCGAGGACAAAGAUGAGAACAAGAAGAGCCCCUGGCAGAAGAUCGAAGACAGGCCUCUGAUGGUCUUCCACCCCAGGAAGUGAGCUUUUUGAAUGAACACUGGAACUAUAACAGCCUUGUGAAAGAGGAGUCUUUCACAUCACCGAGAGGGAGGUCACAAUAAGCACAGCCACUGCUUCACCAAUCCAUAUCCAGGUUGUUGUUUGACCUUUGUGUUUGCCAGUUACUCUCGUAGCCUCACUGUCAGUUAAUCCCUCUGGUUUCCACUGAGUCGUAGAUUGAAAUCUGUCCAGUUUAUUGUGAACCCCGUCUUCAAUCACCUGUCACUGAACCAUGGUCUGAGCCAUUGCACAUACUGACUGUGGAAAUAGCCAUUUUAUAGAGCAAAAUAUAAGAAUAGAGCACUUGCUAAUAAUUUGAUAACUUAUUGAUUGAUACUUACAGAAUAUUUGGAAGUGGGUGGCAUUUUUUUAUGGGACUGAUGGGAAUUUUUGGCAAAUUAGGCUUUUUUCCCUGGACUAAUUCUACCCAAAUGCUCACAAUGACUGUAGGAGAUGUGAGCUUCUUUUUUCUUCUCUACCCCGAAACAGCUUCCCUGUCUGAAGAAGUUGUGAAAGUUUGUCCUUGAGCUCUUGUGAACAGAUUACAGAAAUAUUAUAAAGUCCAACGUGCAACUUGCAUUUUGCUCCUUCAGGGAUGUUCUUGAUUUCCUCUUCCUCCUGUACUGUGUUCAUGUGUUGUAAUUACCUACUCAAAUAGUAAUGAUUUGAACUGUUCAGCAUCAUCUCCAUCUUCUCUGUAAUAUCACAGUGAUCUACUGUACAAUUUUGCCAAAAGUACGCAUUUCUGCCUUUCUUCUCUUGGUGAGAGUUUUGGCCAGCAGAGACUUUGUUGCAUUUGGGUCAUUCCAGUAAAAAUCAAUCAGUGCCUCCCACCUGACCCUGUUUGAAUCAGCAGAUUUUUUUUAUACAACAACUUUAGCAUCUGUAAUAAAGGAAUGUAACGUUUCACCUUAAUACUGUGGAUAUUUUCACAGUUAUAAGCCCUCAAAUUACCUAAGAGUGGUUUAAAAUUCAGCUCUUUUUAAUUCACAUUAAAGCUCUGUUAAAAACGUCAAUUUCACACCCACUCUGUCACAACCCAAAGGGUCUCAGGACGAGUGGAUGCUCUGAGUAUAGGUCAACAUAUGAGAACACUUGCGCUGAACAAAAGUAAUGGCCAAAGAAAAUCUGGAGACCCUCAAGGAAUUUGAAAAACUUUUUUAGAACCUAAAAUUGUUGGAUAAAUGUGAUUUAUCCAAAUGAUUAAACACAGUAUGUGAGCACCAAUGUCAUUUCUUGAUUCCACAACUGUGCGCUACAUUCAGGUGUGUUGAAAGAUCACUGUGUAGGAAUCACAGUUGGAAGAUGAGCCUGAUAUAGAGACGUAAAUGGUAAAUGGCCUGUAUUUAUAUAGCGCUUUACUAGUCCCUAAGGACCCCAAAGCGCUUUAUAUAUCCAGUCAUCCACCCAUUCACACACAGGUGAUGGCAAGCUACAUUGUAGCCGC